GGACCUAGAAUACGCUUGGAUUCAUGCCUUCAUUCCUGAAACGAUUUGUUUUGACUUCCUGAUUAGAAUCAGGGCAUAUGUAUACACGGAUGGGAAGAUGCUCAUGGAAAGAGUAAAACCCCAGGCAUGUGCUGGGGCAGAAUUGCACUCCUGAGGUCAGAGGAGCUGGAAGAGGAUCUCCAGCUGAGGCAGUCUCUGCUUAGGAAAUGAAGAGCUCAAGAGGAAGUUCUUGCUCUAGAGUCACCUCACAGAGGAGGAAGAAAAUUUCACAUAUUUCCUAUUAAAAAGAAAUUGUUUUGGUUCAACAUCAUAGCUUUCUCUAUUUUAAAUAUUUGGAGGUGAACUUUCUAGCAGGCAGCAGUCAUAGCAGUUAAUGUCCAUUCUCCCUAGGAAAUAGUGAUGAAUUUUAAGACAUCUGGGGGUUUGGUCAUUUCUCAUUUAAACAGAACUAGUUUUGGAAGACAGAGGCAGUAGUCAGCAUAGAUAGGACACCCUGUAUCUGGCCUAGCCCAUGGGCUUAUAAAACCCCAGCUGUGGGAGGCCCUGGUGCACAGAGCUGUCAGGCUGACCUUCAGAGCUGUGGAGUAGCAGGGUUCAGACUGUCUGUACAUCCUCAUCAGCACUGGCGUCUGGCCUUCCCAGGGUAACCAAGCUGCCAGCUUCAUAGUCUGUUAGUCCAAGUUCCUUUAAAUGCAGAUGUAUUUGCCUUUGCAUGAGCUCAGCACCUGGCAGGCGACUGUGCUACCAAGUUAUGCUCCACCAAUAUUUGUUGAAUGACCGGCUGAAUGUACACAAUGCAGAUUGCCGCAUUUGUGCCUCUCUUGGUGGUGUGAAUCCCUCCUCAGAAGCUGUCUUUGCAGUAGAGGCUAGGAAGUGCCUAUAGGUACCUGUAAUAGGCCCAAGGCAUGGCCCAAGGUGAGAAAGGACACAGAGAUGGAGGGAGAGAAAGUUAGGGGAGAAAAAGGCACUUGUCAGGGGCGACUCCUCUCUCUGAUGGACUAGCCAUGAAAUGACCCUUUUUGUUGAAUCUUCUCAGCUCCCUAGCUGAGUUUUUAAUACGGUGAGGAUGUUCGGAAAACCUAAAAAGCUUGGAGUGUGAAGACUGAGCCUGGGAUAAGUAGCAUUCAGGAUGAGGGUUUUUUUUUUUUUCUGGUAUUAAAUGGCAUCCCAUAAGGAUUACUAAUUAUGCAAAAUCACUUUCCAUUAAGCCUCUACAAGUUCCAUAUGUAGGCUGGUUUUCAUUUGUAAUGUAGGAUAGCCUCAAGCCCUGAUAGCCCUUCACUCCCUAUUAUCUGUGGUACAUUGCCUCAAUUAUUUUUGGCUUUUGCAAAGUUCCUUAUGCUUGCCUUAUGUGUUUUCACAUUUCUAUUAUUUCAGUUACUUUGCCCAGUUCUCAUGUUGAAAUGUUAUGAAAAGUUAUAAUAGUACAGUGAAAACCCGUCUGUCUUUCACUUAGAGACCCCGUUUAUUGACAUUUUGCACCAUUUGCUUUAUUCACAAAUUUUUCUCCUGUUUUAUCUUUUAGAAGUUUUAUAAUUCUGCAUUUUACAUUUUGGUUUACUAUCCAUAUUUUUAAAAAUUACUGUUGUUUUAGAGACAGGGUCUCACUCUGUUAACCGGGUUGGUAUGCAGUGGAGUGAGCAUAGCCUCUUGUAGCUUUGAACUCCUGGGCUCAAGUGAUCCUCCUGCCCCAGCCUCCAAAGUAGCUAGGACUACAGGCACACACCACCAUGCCUGGCUAAUUUUUUUUAUUUUUUUGUAGAGACAAGGUCUUGCUAUGUUACUUAGGCUAGCUACUAUCCAUAUUGAAUACAUUUCUGUGAAAGGGGUAUAGCAGGUGUCUACUUUCAUUCUUUUGCAUGUAGAUGUCCACUUGUUUCAGCACCAUUUAUUGUAAAGACUAUCUUUUCUCCGUUGCCUUUGUUCCUUUGGUAAAGAUUACUUGAUUAAUUUCUGUUGAACUGUUUCAAGGCUCUCUAUUCUGUUCCAUUAAUCUAUUUGUCUGAUAUUUCACCAAUAUGUACUCUCUUGAUUAAUUUUAUAGUAAGUCUCGAAGUUGGGUGCACUCUUUGUCUUCUAAUUUUAUUGUUCUUCAGUAGUAUUAUGUUGGCUAUUUUAGGUCUUUUACCUUUCCAUGUAAGCUUUGGAAUUAACUUGUCAAUAUCCACAAAAUAAUUUGCUGGGAUUUUGAUUGGGAUUGCAUUGAGUCUAUUGCAUAGAAUGUGAAUGUGAAAUUCCCUGUGCUCAAAUUGCUCUCAAGUACAUCUGUUGCAUUGACACAAAUCCAGUAAGUGAUAAAAGUAGAACUGACUAUAUACAGAUAUGGAUAUGCCUUUUUUUUCCUGAACCAUUUGAAAGUAAGUCACAGAUAUGAUAAUAUGUCACUCCUAAGUGUUUGAGGAUAAACCUUCUAAGAAUAAGAACAUUUUCCUACAUAGCUACAUAUUAUUACUAUUUGGAAGGUAAUUAACACUAAUUUAUCAUUUUUUUUUUAACACAUGCGUUUCCUUAAUCUGGUUUUUAAAAAAAUACCCAUUCUGUCCUGUAUAAGGCAUGAUAUUAUGUUAAGAUGUGAAGACAAGCAAAAUUCCCACCUUGUAAAAGUUCACAGACUCCUGGGGAGACAGACAUCGAAGACAUGAUUAUGAUAGAUAGAGAUAAGGGCCAUAGUAGCUAUACCUACUUUCCUUUCAUUCAAGGAGAGUGUCAGCAGGAGUGUGCUUCCCAUGGGAUAAAGAUGCCUCUCCCCAAAGUGGUGUUCUGGAGCCUGUGCCCUGUUCCUGAUUUGUCAGCCACUGAUGAACCUUUCCAGAUGGGCUUGUGCCUACCUAGAAGUGAAGGAUGUAACUAACAGAAACAUGGUAGAAUGGUGCUUACCUCAAGAUAUUGACCUUGAAGGUGUUGAGUUCAAGUCUAUGGCUAGUGGGUCCCAUAAAAUCCAGUCUGAUUUCAUCUAUUUCCGAAAGGGGCCCUUCUUUGGCCUGGCCUGCUUUGCCAACAUGCCCGUGGAGAGCGAGCUGGAACGUGGCGCGCGGAUGAAGUCUGUGGGCAUCCUCUCUCCCUCCUACACGCUGCUUUACCGCUACAUGCACUUCUUGGAGAACCAGGUUCGGCAUCAGCUGGAGAUGCCAGGACAUUACUCUCAUCUGGCUGCCUUCUACGAGGACAAAAAGGGGGUGCUCCAUGCUGGUCCUGGAAGAGGCAGCAGCCUGCCACCUGUCUACUGGCUGCCUUCUAUCCACCGAUACAUGUACCCUGAGAUGAAGAUCACACACCCAGCUGGCUGCAUGUCUCAGUUUAUUAAGUUCUUUGGAGAACAGAUCCUCAUCCUCUGGAAAUUUGCCUUACUUCGAAAGCGCAUUUUGAUAUUUUCUCCCCCACCUGUGGGUGUGGUGUGCUAUAGAGUGUACUGCUGCUGCUGUCUGGCCAACGUCUCACUGCCUGGCAUUGGGGGCACCAUUCCUGAGUCUAAGCCUUUCUUCUACGUGAACGUGGCUGACAUCGAGAGCCUGGAGGUAGAGGUGUCCUAUGUGGCCUGCACCACAGAGAAGAUAUUCGAGGAGAAGCGAGAGCUGUAUGACGUCUACGUGGAUAACCAGAAUGUGAAGACACACCACGACCACCUGCAGCCGCUGCUGAAGAUCAACAGUGCGGACAGGGAGAAGUACCGCCGGCUCAACGAGCAGAGGCAGAUGCUGUUGUACUCCCAGGAAGUAGAAGAAGACUACAACCCUUGUGAAGAGGACCUCUUCGUGCUGUUUUUCCUAGAACAAAACAACCGGAUAUUUCAGACUUUGUUGGAGGUGUCUGCAAGUCAAGACAAAACUCUGACAGCAGAGCAUGCCCGUGGCAUGGGUCUAGACCCCCAAGGAGACCGGAGCUUCCUCCUGGACCUGCUGGAGGCCUAUGGCAUUGAUGUCAUGCUGGUUAUUGACAACCCCUGUUGCCCGUAGGAGGAGCCAACAGGACUGGGAGCCGCCUCACGUGGGAUGUGAGCAGCCUGGAGUUCAUCCCAGGCCCCCAGAGGGCCUCAUUUUUUUUUAAUUAAGUUGACACAAAGGAAUAUUGUUUAUACUUUCCAACAAACGUAAUUUUUGCAAUUUCCUUUCUGCCCUUUUCCCUAGAGGUAAGGUGAGAUCGCCUUGGUUUUGUGUCCUGCCGUGCUAGGAUGUUGGAAUCUGCCACUUUUCCCCAGAGCUGCUGGUCCUUUGGGUUUGGUCAUAGUUGUAUCACUAGGAGUGGGCUGAGCUCUGGGAACAUUGGGAUGGACUCUUCAGAAAGUCUGUGUUGUCUUUGUCCCUUGAUGUAUUCGAGAAUAAGACAACCAUCUGUCCCGUGUGGCCUUAGAUGUUCAUCUGUCUAAAGGCAGAAACUAGACCAGAUGAUCUUUUAAGGUUUUUAGUAGUUCUAGAAGUCUAUAGUUUUGGGAUCAAAUCCCUUUUCUUGUUCAUUAGGGCAACUCAGUGUCUUCUCUGUUUACUUGAAUAGGGACCACAAAGAGAGACAAAAGGAUGCUUCUGACAUCAAAUGUGAGUUUAUCUUACAGUCAGAGUGACAGAAGUUGCUUAUCAGUAAGCUGAAAACUAAAAUUACAGAAUGAAGCCUUGAAACCUUCCUCAAGGUAACUUAAUGGUGGCCAUGCAAUGUCAUGUUCCUCUUUCUCUGAACCCCUCUUGGGAUAAAUUAGGGAAUUGCUAAGGGCUAAUGCUGGCCUUGAAGCUUGCAAGCAAAUUCAUUUUCCAAUUUAGUCUCUUAAGGGUUCAGUGUGCCCUUGGAGUAAGUUGGGUAUUUUUAAAGGGUAAAGUUUGGGCUGCUGGAGGAUAGAACAGUUGAAGUUCGAGCAGGAUAGAGAAGCCACUCUAUGAGUCACUUCAUCUGGACACGAGUUCUCUGGAGGCAUUAGUAGCAACACCUCUGGGUCAACACAGAUGUACUGGAUUCCGGAAUCUAGCAAGCAUCUGAGCUGGUUAACUCAGAGGGUGGAGCAUGAUGCUAACAAGACCGUUUAUCACUUUGGACCCCUCACAAACACACUUCUCUUUAGCAGAGGUGACAUUCCUUAGGCUAAAUAAUUGGAUUUAGGGACAUAACAGAUUUGUUAGAAAAUGUGGCAGUGGUCACACCCAGGACACUGGUCAGGAACCCUGAGCAUCAGCGAUGGAUUUAUCUAUCCAUCCUCUGCAGUGCUGUGCUCUAGGCUGGAUCUCGCUCCUUGCCUGUUCUCUCUGGUUGGCCUUUGCAGGAGGGCAGCUUACGUGUUUGUCAACCAGUUAGCCAGUUCCUGUGAGUUGAGUUUAGGCCUUUUUGGCCAUGGUUGAAGAUUUUGACUUGGCAUACUGGGUUGUUGACGACAAAUAAUUUCUUCCUCCAUACCCUUCUCACCUGGCUGUGUUAUUGGAAUAGCCCAUCAAUGAAUACAUCCAUGUCUGUGACCAAGACCCAGCCAGACUAAUGUACCCAGCAGAGAGAAAUAACAUUGAAAUGGUGGGUCACACAUCUCAUCCCAAGAUAAGGUUCUUACGGUUCAUGCUUUAUUCAAAAGUGUUUUUCACUAUAGCUCCUUCAUAUGGAAUAUCAAAACUGAAGAAAUUCAUAUGUGGAAAUGCAAAUAGACAUUGAUUAAUGAAGGUAGCAUCUUUAUGUAAAUAUAUAAAUAAGUUUGGGCAUUGAAAUGUAAACUGUACAGCUAAUACACUUUUCUCUGCACUGUGAGUUGCCACCAUUUCAGUAAGGUGUAUGUUUACAAAAGAAAAAAAAAUCCAUGUUUUGAGGUUGAUACCUCACCUAUUUUCUCCUUCACAUGCAACCCUCUCCUCUUGCCUCUGAAGGGUUGAUGGGUCCUUUCUAACUUAGGCCAAGUAAUGGUUACUUUUCGUGGUAUCCCGAGGCUCAGGGUGUUUUAAGCUGGGGGUAGGUGGUUAGAGGUAGGAGUAGGGGUGAAAAGAAAGGCCUGAUUCUUCUAGAGGACACAGGAAGACUUCCUUUUUCUGGAUUUGGGGAAUCUGCCAGGAGGGCUGCUUUAGGCAUUUUUGCUCCGAGCUUUCUGUAUGCAAACACUUUUGUUUCCUGUGCUGUUUUAAACUGCAAGCUCAGAAGUGCUGGUAUCAAGGUAGCAGGGUGAGAAUGAAGUUCCUGUAUUUUCCUUUGAAUGGUGAGUCUGGGCUUCUGGGUUCCCUUAACUUGUGCUUGUCUAGGUAGCUUUCUCUUGCAUCUCCAUGUGUCACCCUCCCACUCAUGGAGAGGGCCAGGGUAUGGGUGGCCCCAGAGGAGAAUGUGCCAGUGAGGCAGUGCCAUGUUUCAGGUCAUAGGGGCCUUGGGCUCAGCUGACCCCAAUGCAGAGCUUCUCUCUUUAAGAGAGAUCCCAAGAAAUUGGUCCUUCCCUACCUUGCCAGCUUCUUCAGAGGGCCAGAAAUCUUGCUUAGAGCUUCUGCUUGGCUGAACAGCUUGUGCGUUAUCUCUUCGGUUACCUUUGCCACCGUUGAUCGUCCUCAGAGUAUGUCUUGCCUGGGCUAUGAAGUGGAGGCUGUGGCCUCCAAAAUCACCUAAGGCUUGCUUUGUACCAGAUUCUGCUCCCCCACAUCAGAAAUUAGCAGGCACAACCCAGGAUCCUUUGCUGCCAGUUUUCUGCAAGGGGAAUUCCACAGUGACAACAGAAGCUAGGAGCCAUGUGGACCUGCUUUUCUGCCAGUCUUGAAAUAUUUUCUGAGAAGCCAUCUGCUUUUGUUCAGAAGAAAGUGGUAAACAUCGUUCACAGACAUCUAGGUCUGUAAGCUCUUUAGGGGCGGGCAUGAUGAUUAUCAUUGACCUCCUGGAGCAGGGUUGGAAACCUGUGGUGUGAUACCUUCUGCCACUAUCUGCUGCCUGGCCUCAGCCCUCGCCUGCCUAUGCAGGCCUAGUUCUGCUGAUCACAUGCCAUACUGUGAAUGAACCAUGUGCUGGUUUGGAAAUACUUGCUCACCUGAGAUGCUGGCUAGGCUGCCCUAUUUAUUGUUCCUAAGUUAGAAGGUCCCAGAUGGGAGUAGAAUCCAUGUUUGGAGCUUGUUGGUAUCCAUGUAAAAUAUGACAAAGGCCUGUUAAAGGGGGUGUUUUCAAUUCUGUAGGCUCAGCAGAUGAUACUGCUCAGCCUUUGGGAAAAUGUCCAGUUAGCCCCUGGCUUAGGACUCUCCACAAGGAGUUAGAAAUAGUAGAGCUUAUCUCCUACCAGACUAAAAAAAGCAUGGGCCAAAUUAUGUGUUUAGAAUUUGCUUGGGCUUUUAAUGUGAAAUAUUCUCUACGCCUGCUAGAGACCAUUCCAGUGUCAGUGUCCCAACUGGGACCUGUACGAUCCUCAGUCAAUUAUGAUUACAAUGAAUUAGAAGGCUUUUGCCUUCCAUAUCUAUCAUCUAUUAUAGCAUCUCUGCUUCCAUCUGGUUAAGGGGAGGGAAGCGGAAAUCACUGAUGUAUCAAUAGAAGUAAUUUAGCAUAGGAACUUGCAUUUGUAACUUAUCUUGUUUUGUUCUACUUGAAAGUCAAGACAAGAAAGUUAAGAUAGCACAUGGUGCAGAUGCUCCCAGAUGCCACAUGUGAAGAUUUGUGACCAUGUGACUACUGAUGAUCUUUUGGCUAGAAGAUAAAUCUUAGCUAAAUCACUGUUUUUCAUUCUGAGGGCUAUGAGGAUGAAUUUGCUAUCAGUCUUGAUACACUGAAAGCCAUUCAAACACACUAAAAGAUGAAAUCACUCACCUUUAAACUGAGGCCUUCAGGGAACGGCAGUAAUGAAUUAGCCUUUCAGUCAUAGGACAUCAACCCUCCUAGAAGAGGCAGAGACCCGAGGGACCAUUUAUUUCCCUUUGAAACUGCAUAGCCCAGGGACUGGAUUAAGAUGCUUUCUCCAGUCUCUGUAUAGGUCAGCCUUGCAUAGGUAAAGGAAGAGUGGGCAGGUGGAUGAAUAAAAUAGGAUAAUGAGCUUGGCAGUGAACUUGCCUUAUUGUGAUGACAGUUCUAACAUGGGCAAGAAAAUUAGCAUGGGGACCAAUAUGCCAGGCAUGGGCUUUUAUCUCCCUAAUAGAUCCCAAGCUUAGUGGGCUUGGAUUCUGUGAAAUGGCCAGUGCUCCUGUCUUGUCCCCUGUACCUUAUAGUUAUACCCUGGGGUGAGAAUCCUGCUGACCCUAGUCCCGUCCCUUCUCAUUUCAGGAGAACUCUUUUCUGAUUCAGGUAGGGGGAGAGGGGGAGUUAAGGGCUCCAUUUACUCCCAAGUCAUGGAUUUUUAAUAUUCCAUUUUUAUUACUAAUAUACCUCUGUUCCUAGAAGCUACUGGAGUACUGAGUGUUGUGGGAAAUGGCUAACUGUGAAUUAAGUUAAUGUUUUUCUUAUAAGAAAUGGAAGUUUAUUUUUUUAUUGAUAUUACUGUGUGAUGAAAUGAGUAUGCAUAUACUGAAAUGGAAGGAAAUGUUAAAACUAUUCUAGAGGAAAUGGGCAGUUUUGUAAUUUGGUAGUGGCUGAGACCCUAUAGAAGUUUUACUAUGUAAAUAAUUUGGAGAGUGAAUAAGGAGAUUGUGCUAUAAAAUCUUGACAGCGCUCUUUAGGAGGCAGACUUGACAGUCCUAGGAAGGUUGACAUAAAAACACCAACCUUAAGUAAAACUCUAGUACAAAAAAGGGUAAAUGGCAUCAUUCUUAUUUUUGGGCCUCUUUCUUAACUGGAGAGAGGUGGGAGUGGGAGGUAGAUUUAUAACUGGCACUUUAAUUCAUUUUUGGAACUAGAAUUUAGGGGCAGUUGGAUGAAAUUGCAAAUUUAGAAAGGGAAUAAAUUUUCUAGUGCUAUAUAAAGACAACGGAGAAAAAAAGCCUUGCUUUCAUCUUUUUAGAAUUCUCGAAUUUUAGCAUACUGUGGGGCUUCUAGAGUUAAUAUGAGUUAAUAUGAUCUAAAUUCAGAAAAUUUAAUUUUCAUAGUAGGCCAGGUAUGAAUUACUUACGUUUCCUGUAGAAUGCUUAUUUAGACCAAUAAUAAAUUUACUUUGCUUUCUGAGGCCAGUCAGCAAGUGUCGGGGUGAGGCAGGAUGUUUUAAUUAGCCAGAGAUGAUCCAUAAAGUGAACAGUCCACACAGAGGUCACUGAGUUGGAUGGUUGCAAAUAUUUAAUUGACAUUAGAAUGAAAACUCCUUCCUUUGGGUAAACUAAACAAAAAGUAUACUAAAAAUUUUAAGAUGAUGUUACAAAAAAAAGUUUCGGUCUAAUGUGUCCACAAAGGUUGUCAAGUAAAGAAUGGUGGAGAUUCUUGGCUUUUGAACAACCAACCUGGAUGAGUGACUUCAGGGACAGAGAGCAGAGGAAAGCAAAAUGAAUUUUCUGUGUUUACCCAAAGCUUGUUGACUGAAUUUUUGUACAGGUCUGGGAAAAUAAGCCUAAACAAAUAGUUGUAGCCUUAGAAAAACUUUUCCCAUUUCUUUCUAAGAAUCAGCAUAGCCUCCCUGUCGCCUUAAAGGUAAAACUCCUAUUUUGAUUAAUAACCCAGCCUAAGAGUUAUAGCAAUACGAGAGACUGAAUCUAUUUUUGUUUCAGGUAUUUACCUCAUAUUACGAAAUUGGUAAGACACUUAAUAAAUUUUGCCCUGACUACUGGUGUGCCCAGGUAUGCCGUGCUCUCUCUGUUGCCAGUGGUGAUAAUUUUAAGACCUAAAGAAAGCUGGGGUUAAUCCUGAAGCUAAGAGUAAAUGUUUCUUGAAUUGAUUUUGUUCUGUGGUACAAAUAACAUCUAUGAAUAUUGUAUCUGUAUAUAUCUGAACCAAGUUAUGUGCAGAGAGGUUGACAUAACUAUAUUUACAGAAAAUGAUUUUUACAAUUAAAGUUCACAUUUUAACAUGAA